AUGGCAACAGCUCGUGCUCUCAGAAUUGGGCUCAUAGCCGGUGAUGGCAUAGGCAAAGAUGUCGUCCCGGCCGGGCGCCGCGUUCUCGAAGCCCUGCCGGCGUCAUUCGGCCUGAAGUUCUCCUUUGUCGAUCUGCAAGCUGGCUUCCAGACGUUUGAAGAGACGGGAACCGCCCUCCCCGACCGCACCGUAGAGACCCUCAAGGGCGAGUGCGACGGAGCCCUCUUCGGUGCCGUCAGCUCCCCGACCAAGCCCGUCAAGGGCUACAGCUCGCCCAUUGUCGGCCUCCGCAAGAAGCUCGACCUGUACGCCAACGUCCGGCCGGUCAAGACGGUGGUGUCAGCCCCGCGGCCCAUCGACAUGGUGAUUGUCCGCGAGAACACCGAGGACCUGUAUGUCAAGGACGAGCGCACCUUUGACGCCCCCGACGGCUCCGGCCCCGUAGCCGAGGCCAUCAAGCGCAUCUCGUACCGUGCGUCGCACCGUAUCGCGUCUAUGGCUGGAGAGAUCGCCCUGCGGAGGCAAAAGAUUCGCUCCGCGGGCGCGCCCAGCAUCCACUCGUCGCCGCUCGUGACCAUCACCCACAAGUCCAACGUCCUGUCCCAGACCGACGGCCUCUUCCGCUCGACAGCCAAGGAGGCCCUGGCCGACCCCAAGUUCGCCGGCUCCGUCGCCGUCGAGGAGCAGAUCGUCGACAGCAUGGUCUACAAGCUGUUCCGGCAACCCGAGGACUACGACGUUAUUGUCGCCCCGAACCUGUACGGCGACAUUCUGUCCGAUGGCGCCGCUGCUCUCGUCGGCUCCUUGGGGCUGGUCCCUAGCGCCAACGUCGGCGACGGCUUCGUCAUGGGUGAGCCCUGCCAUGGCAGCGCCCCUGACAUCAUGGGCAAGAACAUUGCCAAUCCCAUCGCCACCCUGCGCAGCGCUGCUCUGAUGCUCGAGUUCUUGAACGAGGAGGAGGCCGCAGCCAAGAUCUACGCCGCUGUGGACGCCAACUUGGUGGAGGGCAAGGUCUUGAGCCCCGACUUGGGCGGCAAGGCCACCACCGACCAGGUUCUUGAGGAUAUUCUGAGGAGGUUGUAA